AUGGUUUUACAAAUUUUACUCUACAUUUUUGUACCUGUCGUCACUUUUUUCAUUCUUAUUGUUUACACAAAAUUAAUUCGUCCGCCAAAACGUCUCUAUGACAUCUUCCGUGCACAAGGUAUUACAGGAGAACCAUUCGUUCCAAUUAUUGGUCAACUUCCUGAAAUACGGCGCUAUCGGCAAGCGGAUGCUACCAUGACCUAUCAAGAAAACUUAGUGCGAAAACAUGGCAAUGUAUUUUUACUUUGCUUUGGUCCAGCAAUACGUCUGAUCGUUACUGAACCUGAUCUACUUGCCGAUGUUUAUAGUCGAACAAAUGCACAGAACUACAUCAAACCACCAUUAUUCAAUGCGGUUUUUAUUCCAAUUAUUGGUAAAGAAAAUCUAUUGGUCGCUGAAGGUCAAGAACAUGAACGAGCACGUCGAAUGAUCAAUCCUGCGUUUUAUCAUACGAAUCUCAAAGCGAUGGUAUCGAUUAUCACGGAACAAACAGGCAAAGCAAUUAUCGAUAUUCUCACGGCAUCGAAAACGAAUACCAAUGAACCGAAACCGAUUGAUUUACAAGUGCAACUCAAUAUACUAACAUUGACAAUAAUUUCGUCCAGUGCCUUCGGAUCGGGUUUUGAAACAAUCAUAAGUGCAAAGGAUACGAUCAUCCAAACAUUUGGUAAAGUACUUGAUGCAAUUGUUUAUCGUUCAUUACGUAUGGUUAAUCAAACACCUAUCCUCGCAAAUCUACCCUUUUGGAAAAAAGAUAUUGUUGACAAUGGUGCACGUAUGAUAGCUGAAUUAGUUGAUCAAAUUAUUUCAGACCGCCGACAAGGACGUUCGACGAGCAUGUCCAACGGCCCUGAUCUUCUUGAUCUUCUCCUUUCAGCUGUUGAUGAUCAAGGACAGCCGUUUACUGAUCAACAAAUCAAACAACAAGCAUUGACAUUCGUACUCGCAGGUAGUGAGACAACUGGUAAUCUCAUGUCAUGGGUGUUCUAUAUUCUAAUGACUCAUCCCGAUGUCUUAGCUGCGUGUCAGGAGGAAGUUGAGCGUGUUUUACCGAAUGGUGUCGAUCCUGACAACGAAUGUCUUAGUGAUUUAGUCAUUUGUGAAGCAAUUCUGAAUGAAACACUCCGCUUGUAUCCACCUGCACCCUUGGUUGCGCGUUAUUGUAUUCGCGAGCAUACAAUUGGUACUGAACAUCCACUUCGAAUACCUGUAGGAACGACUAUCCUAAUAAACAACUAUAUACUUCACCGGCGAAGCGACUUAUGGAAAGAUCCAAUGAAGUUUGACUAUACGCGCUGGUUGCGUGAUCCUAAAACUGGCCUAAAACCAAAACUAGUGCAUCCAUACGCCUUUCUUCCGUUUGCUUCUGGUACACGUAACUGUAUCGGACAAAAUUUUGCGCUGCUUGAAGCGAAGAUAAUGCUCGCUAUGUUCGUCCAACGAUGUAACUUUGAAUUAGUUCCAGGACAGAAGAUAGUACCCGAUUUCAAAAUCACAAUGCGACCUAAAUACGGUCUUUUGACAAAAGUUAGCAAACGAUAA